AUGAAGUCCUACUCGAGCCCCGUGGCGGGCGAGGGCGCAUGGAUGGGUGGGGCAACGACAAGUAGCGCAGCAGCAGCAGCAGCAGCAGCAGCAGCAGAAGGGAGCACGGCCACAGGCAAUUUGUCUGCGCCCGCCAGCCAGCUCAAUUCACCGGCAGUGGCCGACGCCAACAAUGGCGCAUCCGCCCACGGUAGCGGUCUCGGCCUCGGCCCGGGCCUCCAUCCCCACCAAGUCGCUUUCGGCACCUCGCCCGGCGCGCACUCGGACCUCUCCAACGAGGCAAACUACCACGGCUCCUCGGCACAGCACUCGUCGCCCAGCCUCACCGACUUCUCUGGAGGCUACCAGCAUCCCAACCACCACCUCCAGCACCAGCCCCAGCCCCUUCCCCACCAAACUCAGCAACACACCGCCACCUAUCCCUACCAGCAGCAGCAGCACCAGCACCAGCACCAGCAGCAGCACCAGCAGCAGGCCUACCGCCAGUCCUACGGCGACGACGCCGCCGACCACGGCCUCCAGCCCUCGCCCUACCGCAUGUCGGCCAACGACAACCCCGAAUCCAGACCCAGCCUGCAGUCGGUACGCUCCGUCCACCAUGACCCAAACAGCGCCGCCACAAACGCGCCGCAGAGCCCUUCCAGCUACGUCGACACCAUCGGCGGCGGCUACGGCAGCGCAGCCGUCACUCCGUCCGCCGCAGACACCUCGACCGCCACCUCGCGCUCGGCAGGCGUCGGCGGCACCCCGGGUGCCAUGGCCUCGUCGACCAGCUUCGCAGACAUUAGCCACACCGGCGGCACCGUCGGCUCCAAUGGCAUGAUCCACGCACCUGCCACGCUGGGCGGACCCGUGGUCGGGAGCAGCAGCGCCGGCGGCAACGGCAACGGCAACGGCGCGGUCGGCUCUGGCGGAGCCGCAGCGCUCGGCCCACCGAUGGACGAGAUCGUCCCGACAUCGUUCGACGAAGGCAUGCUGCGCGCCCUGUGCGACAUCGACUGCGGCAUGCCCCUGCUCUUUGACCGCAUCAAGCAGAGCAUGGUCUCGGCGCGCGAGGCCGCCACCUUUCUCAAGAAGCGCGCGGCCAUCGAGGAGGAGUACGCCCGCAACCUCACCAAGCUCGCGCGCUCCACGCUCGAAACCUACUCGAUGAGCGACGCAAAGGCCGGCAGCUACGUCGGCUCGUGGCAGUCGAUGAUGAAGACGCACGAGGCCGUCGCCGACAACCGCAUCCGCUUCGCCUCGAAGCUGACCGAGAUGAGCGACGAGCUCAACAACCUCGCCCGCGAGGUCGACAAGAGCCGCAAGCAGACAAAGGAGACGGGGCAGCGCCUCGAAAAGAACCUCACCGACGCAGAGGUCGGCGUCGAAAAGGCCCGGGCGCGCUUCGACGCCACCGCCGAGGACCUCGAGCGCCUGCUGCUGCUCAAGUCGGGCGAGUCGACCAAGGGCGGCGAGCUGGCGCCGGGAGGCAAGCGGACGCUGGGCAAGGCCAUCGGCAAGAGCGGCCUGCUGUUCAAGAACAAGAACCCGCAGCAGAUCCUCAAGCAGGAGGAAGAGAUCCGCGCGCGGACGUCCAACGCCAGCGACGCCUUCCGCAAAGAGGUGCUCAGCACGCAGGGCAUCCGGCAGGAAUACUUCAACCUGCAGCUGCCCCGGAUCCUGCGCUCGCUCAAGGAGAGCGCCGAGGAGAUCGACAACGGCACCCAGUACCACCUGGCGCGGUACGCCUUCCUGUUCGAGAGCACGCUGCUCAACGACGGCAUGGCCAUCAGCCCCGUGGGGACGGAUCCGUCGGCGGCGACGGCCGUCGCACCGGGCCUCAAGGCCGCCGUCGAGGCCAUCGACAACCGCGCCGACUUCAAGUCGUACCUGCAAAACUACCAGGUGGUCCACGGAUCGAGCUACCGGGGGCCGCGGCGCGAAGGGCCCUACGAGGAGGGCUUCCUGCCCUCGGUCAUGUCGCCCAACGCCGGGACCGCGGGUGGAUCGGCCUCGAAGGGCGCGCAGGCCCGCUCGGCGCCGACGCGGCCCAUCUUCGGCGUCGACCUGGCCGACCAGAUGGCGCGGGACGGCGUCGACGUGCCGCCGAUCCUCGAAAAGUGUGCCGAGGCCAUCGAGGCCAACGGCCUGACGUCGAUGGGCAUCUACCGGCUGAGCGGCACCACGUCCAAGGUGCAGCGGCUCAAGGCCAAGUUCAACGACGACUGGGAGACCGUCCAGCUGGCCGACGACGCCGAGGCCAUGGGCGACAUCAACAUUGUCGCGGGCUGCCUCAAGCUCUGGUUCCGCGAGCUGCCCGAGCCGUUGCUCACCCACGACCUCUACGCCGGCUUCAUCGAGGCGGCCAAGGUGGAGAACGAGCGGCUGCGCCACAUUCGCCUGCACGAGCGCGUCAAUGAGCUGCCGGACGCCAACUACGCCACGUUGAAGUUCCUCAUGGCACACCUCGACCGCAUCAAGUCCGAAGAGCACCACAACCAGAUGUCGGCGUCGAACCUGGCCAUCGUAUUCGGGCCGACGCUCCUCAGCCCGCCGCCGACGGGGGCAUCGAGCGGCGGCGGCGGCGCUGGAAUGGACGGGAGCGCCAACGGCGGCGCUGCGGGCACGGCGGGCGGCGCCGGCGGCGGUGGCGGAAUGCACCUGCAGGACAUGAGCUUCCAGUGCCGCGCCGUCGAGACCAUCUUGGAAAAGUAUCGGGAGAUCUUUGUCGACGAGGGCGAAGAGUAG